AUGCCCGAUCGAUGGGAGUUCUCGAAUGAGUGCUUUCGGAGGGGUCACCGCGCCUCUGUCCGCCGCGACGACCGGUCGGUGUUCUCCUCAUCCAAUUCACCGACGACGGGGCGGGAAUUAGGCGGCGGCACGGCGGAGAUGUUGGGGGAGAAAACUAAAGGUACUUGUUCACACCCGAACUCCCAAAAAUUGAACAGAUAUGGGGAAAAUCUGUUGCAAUACGGCAUGACCUCGGACAUGGAAGCGAGUCGAAUGCCUGCUGCAAUCGUGCAAUCAGGAAGCCUCGCCUACCAGGAAGCCUGCUGCAAUCGUGCAAAUGGGAAUUACGUCUGUUGCUUUUGGUAA